AGGGCUCUAUUAGAGCGAACGAACGAAUCAUGGAUCACAGUGUAGCGGAUGAAAUUAUAUUGAAUUCUAUUAAACAAAUGUAUAAAUAAAUUAAGAAAAAGUGAAUUACAAUACUUCUACUCCAAACAAAAUAUCAAAAAAUAUUAAAAAAACAGAAAAGUCCCUAGUAAAAGCAAAAAUAGACGGGGCCCUUUGAAGGCAAAAAGAAAAAAUUUUACUGUGUGUAUGUUUGUGUGUGAAAAAAGGUGGUGUGUAAAAGAGAAAAAGAAAAAGCAAAGCAAAUAUAAUUAAUAAAAGAAAAUUUUUUAUAGAAAAUCUAUUCAAAUGCUUAAUUAAGGCAAAAAUAAAAAAUGUGGAAAUUCAAUAGAUAUUUUACAACAACACAACAUUAGCAAAAAGAGAAACGGAGAAAAAAUUCCAAUUGUCAAGAUUUAUUUUUUGCUCGCUUCUGCACACUACACUCUUCUUUAAGUUCAUUGAAGUGCGAAAAUCGGUGUAAAAAUAUAGAAAAAAAUUAUCGGGUUUACUGUUUUUUUUUAUGUAAAAAAUUUGACGCAAAAAAUUGCAUGCUGAGAUAUUUCUACUGCAAAAUAAAUUAAACAAAACAGAAAAAAGUUAAAUCAAGAAAAAAAUUGUUUACAUUUUUUCUUUGCUUUUGUAAGAAAGCGAAAAAUGUUUUCAUAAUUGAAUGAAAUUGAAUUGAAUUAUCUUGUGUGUUAGUGAAAGAAGUUACAGAAAGAUAAAAGUAAGAAAAAACAAGAGAAUAAAAUUAAAGAAAAGCGAAAUUUUUUCUUACGGCAUUUUAAGGGAAAAAGUGCAGAAAAAAACAAAAGAAAUAGAACAAUAAAAAUUGCAAAAAAUUAAGAUUAAUGUGUGAAAAAAAUUGUGUAUGAAAACAAAGUAAAAUAAUAUAAAUUAAACAAGAAAAGGAAAAGCAAAAAAACUUGUCUGCUGUUGAAUUUUGCAAUACGCUGUUUUUUUCCUCCGAAACAUCCUACUUCUAGUCAUCCAUUUUAGUCUUCUUGUUCUAUAACUUUUCUUUACAUUACUUCUACACCUCAUUCUCAUUUGUUGUUAUUGUUGUCUGGUGUCACAGUCAUUCCUUCCUUUUUCUUACUACGUCGAGUACUACAACAUUGGAUGGUUUGAGCUCCAUUGUGUCUGCCAUAAAAAUUUGCCAAAGAGUAUUUUUUUCUUCAUCAGAAGACACAGAAAUUCUGGUUGAGACAACUUUUUUUUUUUUGCAAAUUAUUAUUGUUAUACGCGUUUCUUGACUUUUUUCAUUGCUGCACUUUCCUUAUUUGGUCCUUCAUGUGCACCUGUUUUUAACCUUCAAUAAAAAAGAAAUAAAUAAAGCAAAAACAACCAACAACCUUGGAUUACUAUAAAAAUUAAAAACACUCCAUCAUCAUACUACUCAUCAUUGCCAUCAUCCAUUGUGAAAAUUGUCCUCCAUCGAGACUUAAAGAGUCGAGCCUGUCAGUCAGUGAGUGAGUGCUGAAGCAGAGGGAUUUGCAGCCACAAUAUGCCCAAAUGCGAUGUUAAGACACGUUACAUUCCUGCGACUUUCGCUUGGAUUUUAUUAUUAACCACCACAUUUUUGUUCUUCUUUUUUCCCUGCGAAUAUUAUUUAAGAAGUCAUCCAUGGGUACCAGCAUAUCAGGGGGUUAUAACAUUUUUUGUUUUAGCCAAUUUUACAUUGGCCACUUUCAUGGAUCCAGGUGUAAUACCCAAAGCUUCUCCUGAUGAAGAUCGAGAAGAAGAAUUCCGGGCUCCUUUAUAUAAGAAUGCUGAAAUAAAUGGUAUUACGGUGAAAAUGAAAUGGUGUGUAACGUGUAAAUUUUAUCGACCGCCAAGAUGUUCACACUGUUCCGUGUGUAAUCAUUGUAUAGAAACAUUCGAUCAUCAUUGUCCUUGGGUUAAUAAUUGCAUUGGACGACGUAAUUAUAGAUUUUUCUUUUUCUUUUUGGUUUCUCUAUCUAUACACAUGUUGAGCAUAUUUUCUUUAUGCUUAUUUUAUGUAUUAAAAACAAUGCCAAAUAUAAGGCAAACAGCACCAAUUGUAUCCAUGGUAUUAAUGGGUAUUGUAACAAUAUUAGCCAUACCCAUAUUUGGUUUGACGGGUUUUCAUAUGGUCUUAGUGUCGCGGGGGCGUACAACAAACGAACAAGUGACAGGUAAAUUUAAAGGUGGCUAUAAUCCUUUUUCACGUGGCUGUUGGCAUAAUUGUUGCUACACACAAUUUGGUCCACAAUAUCCAAGUCUUCUUAAACCAGAAAAAUAUGCAGCUCGUCGGUCACAUAAAGAAAAUCAAGGCAUUAGCACGAUAACAACAGAACGUGAUGCCAACAAUCAAUCCAACUCUGGUAGCAUAAUGCGUGGCGGUGGUGGUGGUGCCGGUGUAACGGUUAAAUCUGGUGUCAUGUCUACGGCUAAUGCUCAACAUUCGCCGCAUGGAAUGCCACGCAAUUAUUAUGAACGGGACCAGCGUCAUACACAGGUAAAGACUUAUACGGACCAGGGCAAUGGUUUUAAUCAGCGGUCGGGCAGCACAACGCUUUAUAGUAAGCUCUCGCCUGGUAGGGAAUGUUCCGAUACCGAUAUGGAACCACAGGCAUCACAGAGUCAAGAUUGUGAACCAACACCACCAUUGCAAAGGCAUAAUUCUACCAAUUUCUAUUUGCCACAAUUAGAGAACGGAACGAUAGCCACGGGGCAGGGCAAUAAUGUAAAUGGUGCACAAGGCAAUGGUGGUGGUGGUGGCGGUGGUGAUUCUCCACGUCAUAUGCGCAUGUAUCAUCCGAGGCAUAGUCCUUUAGCCAGACAAAGAGGUUUGGAACCGCAGCGUGGCUUUAAUGAAGCCAUGUCACCUGACCAUCCAAAUCAUAUGCAACAGCAACAACAAGCACAAAAUCGUAGUGGGACAACUGCAACGCCCACUAUGCAACAGCGUAUUAAACCUUUAGGUGUAGCUACCCCUCUGGUUAUGGCCAGUCCUGUUAGAAGGUAAGUUUUACUUCUCUCUCCCU